AUGCGAAUCCUCCUGAUUUUCUCGAUCUUUCUCCUCGAUUUCUUGAUCUCCUCGAAAUUAUCCUCCCCAAAUCCGAAUGCCUACAAAAUCGUGGCGAAAAUCCGAGAUGAUUUGGCGGAUGGAAUUGAUUCGAAAAACAAAACAGCACUUGAGGAAGUGCUAUUCGAUGUGUACACUUUUGACAUGUGUCGAGGAGCGAGGAGCAGUUUUAAUCGGAGCCAAAUUAUUGAGCACAUGAUGAAAACAAAGGUGAGCAAAAAAAAAACUUCGCGCGCAUGAGGACUCGAACCCUUGACCCCUGCGGCAAAAGUUUCGAGGCUAACCGGCUGAGCUAUAUUGGCUUUAGGAAAUCUAGGGUGUUUUGCAUAGAAAAGCUCGCUGUUUUCAGGUGAAAGUCCAGCCCUUCGCAAUCGAAAAAAUACCCUAUUCCGAUGAGGAUUUGAUUGUGCUUAUAAGUUGGACAAAAACAUCAAAAGGUCCAAAACAAUAUUUUCGACAUACGAUUCGCAGAGAUGACGAGAAAUAUCGCAUUUUUCAUUCGAAUAAGAUGAAUUGUUGA